AUGGAGGACAGGCCAGCGACAGAAGUAGUGCAGGAGAACCAAGAAGCAACGGCUUUGAUCGCAAGGGAGUGUCAGGCUGUGGAUGAGAAGCAGGACACGAAUGUCCUAGAGGCAAUGGAAGGAGUGGAGCAAGGGUCCCGCCCGCCUUCACCACCGAGUUCAGGUGCCGCCACACCGACGUUGAGGAGACUGCCAUGUCCAGACAGACUGUGGCCAAGAUACCCACCCGCUAAUUACGGUGCGGCAACCAGAGGAACUUUGUUCCGCAGUGCCUACCCUGCGGAUCGUAACAUCGAGUUCCUGGAGUGUCUGGAUAUCAAGAGCGUACUCUGCCUCGUUGACACAGAGCCAUCAGUGCUCUACUCUCGCUGGAUCGAGGACAACAACAUCAAGCGCCACCGGGUGGACAUUGCUCCCAAUAAAGAGGGCAAGCCUGGAACUUCAGGGGAGUCCUUGUGCGAGGCGCUGCUCAUCGUACUCGAUGCGGAGAACUAUCCUCUGCAUAUCCAUUGCAACCAGGGCAAACAUAGAACCGGCUGCUUGAUUGCGUGCUUGCGAAAGAUCCAGCGACGGCCAAUGUGCGACAUUCUGCUUGAGUACUACACUUAUGCAUACCCGAAAGCUAGACCAGGAGAUGUCGAGCUAAUCAAGGCCUUUGAUCCUGAGGCGGUUUUCGACUAUGCGAAAACGCAUGGAUAUCUGGAAAAGCAGUCGUUCAUGAAACGGAUGGACUCGAUGAUUGUAAAUGUGGAUGGCCUGGCUGAGGCAUUAUCGAGCAAUGCCGCUUUGGACUCCGGGAUGUCAAUAGCCUCGACCUGGUCUGCAUACAGCACCAGCAGCUCAGAGCAUGGCCUGCAAAUGUCUGGGAGUGGCAAGAUAGAAUUGCUAGAGAACGGCAGGCCGUCGUUAAGCAGAACCAGCUCGCAAGACUCCAUUGCUACACUGUCGGGUGUAAGUGGGCAGUCUGAAGACCACGAUACUGGCGACUCAGACAUCCACAGUCCGUCUUCGAGUGUCGUGGAGCUGGCGUACGAGGACAUGACACCGCCACCCGAUGCAGAAUGCAAGGCGUUGGGAAGUCAAUAA